AUGACAGGCGCUCCGCCAUACAACGCCCAGUCCCCGACUCAGCAGCACCGGUUCGCUGCCUACGAAUCCCCGACCAAGAACCGUCCUUUCUUUCCCAACAAUGACCAGCCGCAGGGACAGCCGCAGCAACAACAAUUCUCCCAGCAUCCUCCCCAGACACCCCCGGCCUUCGGUCCAUCCUCCGUUCCGCGGAGCCCGCACUUUUCGCACGCGUCCUCGCCGCUACCUUCGACCCUGCCACCGCCCUUGAAUGGGACCGCACCACCUCCACAUUCGUCCCACUCGGAGACUUCAUCACAAUACCCCGGUCCUUCGGGAAGUGCGAAUCCAGGACUGCCACUUCCGCGUCCCUUUUCGAGCUCUGUGAUGUCUGGCAAUGGCACUUCGCCCUAUGGGCCUUCAACGCCGCAUGGCCAUCCUUCGAGCCGGCCGGAUAGUCAUUCCCAGUCUCCCACUCGCGAGUCCAAAUCACCAUAUCGGGUGAGAGGCAAUGGCGUCGGGUAUGGACCGUCGGCCCCAAAGGCAGCAUCUCCUCCCCGGGAAUCGAAACCCACACGCGCUGCCGAUCCCAUGUCCUUCGCGAGCAUCCUUUCAGGCCCUACCGAAGAACAGCCUGCUAGAAAAUCGACUCCUCCGCCUGCUGCUGCCACGCCCCAACCCCCGAUCCGAGCCAAGUCUGACAGCCGCCCACCCGAAGCCGGCCCAGUCCCGGGCACAUUUCAGCAUAAAUCGGACAAAGGACCGGUAGCUGAAAAGCCCCAUCCAGAGCCACCAAAGGGGAUCUUCACACCCAAUGGGCUGUCCAAGCCAGCACCAGAGCUGGCGAGCGUGGCGGCACGCGCCCCACAAAGGAAACCCUUCCCCCCUGGCGUUGACGCCGAGCAAGUCAACCGUGCCAUGCUGGACAUUGACAACGGUGAGAAGAGUGAUGUUGAAGGUCCUGGCUUUGAGGAAGACAUGCAGCUCUACAUGGAAAAGGGUCGGAAACGAUUGAUGGAGAGCUAUCGGACCGAACAAGCCUCUCGCAAGCGUCGGCGCAAUAACAUACUAAACGAGCUGGCUCGAUCGUUUGAGAAGCACGCCAUUCUAGGUGGAGAGCGGUUCCGGAUCAACAAUGAAAGCUCUGUCAUUGCGGAAGUCCAGCAGAAAGAGAUUCAGGAUGAGAAGGAGCGCAAGAAGGACAUGCAACGGAAACGCCGCCGCGAGAACACCGUCCGCUUGGAGAUGCAGAAGAAGCUGGAGGCUGAGCGCAAGGCUGACAAGGCUCAGGACUCUGCGGAGAAGGCCAAGUUCCUGCGCGAGGCGGAACGUGCUCAGAAGAAAAUUCGCUCGACCAAGCGUGCUCUUGAGGGUGGGAGUGCCCAGGACGAGCUUGGUGAGGUCACCCCCUUGGCACCUAAUCUCGAGGGAGGCACCACAAGCUCAUUCCAUAUCGGUCGCGGGUCACCUUCGCGUCGCAAGUCUGGACGCGCUGGUCCCAUCACUCGGCCUAAGAAGUCUAAGGAGCAGAAGCAGGCCGAGAAGGAUGCUGCCGAGAAUGCUUACUUGGCCGGUCUGGACGAUGAAUCCAUCUAUCUCACGCCACGCGAUACGACGAAGAAAGACGGCAAGUCCAAGGAGGGUACUCCGAUUCUUCAUUUGCACUACGACAGCAAGGGCUACAACCAGAUCUACGAGCAAAUCUGGCGCGACAUUGCCCGUAAGGACAUUCCCAAAGUGUACCGAAUCAAGACCACGUCCCUUUCUACCCGUCAAGAAAAUCUGCGCAAAACUGCCCAGCUCGCGAGCAAGCAGUCCCGCAAGUGGCAAGAACGGACGAACAAGAGCACCAAGGAUACCCAAGCUCGUGCCAAGCGUACCAUGCGUGAGAUGAUGUCUUUCUGGAAGCGCAACGAGCGUGAAGAGCGUGACUUGCGCCGUUUGGCCGAGAAGCAGGAGCUGGAGUCGGCUAAGAAGGCUGAGGCUGAGCGUGAAGCCAACCGACAGAAGCGCAAGCUGAACUUCCUUAUCUCCCAGACUGAGCUGUACUCUCACUUCAUCGGUCGCAAGAUCAAGACUGCGGAAGCUGAAGCAAUCGGUGAUGGCAAUGUCGCUGGCAGCAACGAAACCAUUCAGCCUGGCAAGGCAGCACACACCGCCAACCUCCCCGACAGCGUCCCCAAUCCUAAUGCCAAGGUCACCAACUUUGAGGACCUGGACUUCGAUGCUGAGGAUGAGAGCGUUUUGCAGCAAGCUGCCAUGGCCAAUGCUCAGAAUGCUGUGCAGCAAGCCCAGGACCGUGCUCGUGCCUUCAACCAGCAAGGUGGAGAGGAUCAGAUGGCCGCCUUUGAUGAAGGAGAGAUGAACUUCCAGAACCCAACCAGUCUGGGUGAUAUUGAAAUUUCUCAGCCGACUAUGUUGACUGCUAAACUGAAGGAGUAUCAACUGAAGGGAUUAAACUGGCUCGUCAACUUGUACGAGCAGGGUAUCAACGGUAUCCUUGCAGACGAGAUGGGUCUCGGCAAGACCAUUCAGUCCAUUUCCGUCAUGGCCUAUCUGGCCGAGUUCCACAACAUCUGGGGUCCGUUUUUGGUCAUCGCGCCAGCAUCGACGCUGCACAAUUGGCAACAAGAAAUUGCCAAGUUCGUUCCGAACCUCAAAGUCUUGCCAUACUGGGGUAAUGCCAAGGAUCGUAAGAUUCUUCGCAAGUUCUGGGAUCGCAAGCAUAUCACCUACACUCGUGACUCUGAGUUCCAUGUCCUGGUCACCUCCUAUCAGCUGGUCGUGCUUGAUGCCCAGUACUUCCAAAAAGUCAAGUGGCAGUACAUGAUUCUAGACGAGGCCCAGGCCAUCAAGUCCUCUCAAAGUUCGCGUUGGAAGAAUCUAUUGGGUUUCUCCUGUCGUAACCGUCUUUUGCUGACUGGUACGCCCAUUCAAAACAACAUGCAAGAGCUUUGGGCCUUGCUGCAUUUCAUUAUGCCUACUUUGUUCGAUUCCCAUGACGAGUUUAGUGAAUGGUUCUCGAAAGAUAUCGAGUCUCAUGCUCAAAGUAACACGAAACUGAACGAGGAUCAGCUCAAGCGUCUGCAUAUGAUUCUGAAACCGUUCAUGCUUCGUCGUGUCAAGAAGCAUGUGCAACAAGAACUGGGUGACAAGGUCGAGAAGGACAUCUUCUGUGACCUCACCUACCGCCAGCGUGCCCUCUAUGCCAACCUGCGGAACCGUGUCAGCAUCAUCGACCUCAUUGAGAAGGCCGCCGUUGGUGACGACAGUGAUAGCACGACCCUGAUGAACUUGGUCAUGCAGUUCCGUAAGGUCUGCAACCAUCCCGAUCUGUUUGAGCGUGCCGAAACCCGAUCACCUUUCUCUGUCGGAGCCUUUGCGGAGUGUGCCUCCUUUGUUCGUGAAGGAUACUUUGUCGACUUCAAGUAUUCCACCAGAAACCGUAUCGAGUACCAGUUGCCUCGACUAUUGUGUAGCCCUGAGGCCCGUGUGGAUGUAGCAGGGCCUGGCAAUGAUCGUGCUGGAUUCCGAGGGAAAUACUUGUCAAACUUGAUGAACAUUUGGAACACUGAGAACAUUCAUGAGAGCUCCCGUGAGAACGGGGCGUUUUCAUUCUUGCGAUUUGUCGAUACAUCUGCCGGAGAAGCCAGUGAAUAUUCGCGUCUCGGUGUUUACGAGCGCGCGACUCUGCGUUCCGACAAACCCAACCGACUUUCCCGCCUGAACGUCGUGUACGGUGACAAGGAAAAUGAGUCUGAUGGCAAGUCAGUGUGGGCUCAGUCCAUGCUGAAUAUUGUUGAACGUAACAACCGUGCCGCGCUUAACGAGAUCACCCCCGAGGGCCGGAUGCGCAACCUGAUGAAUGUUUCACGUUCGGCGUUCGAGGAUCAAGGUCUCAACCUGAUCGAACCCUGCGCUUCUCCUGCUGCCUCGGCGCCUCCGAUCACGCUCUCUUGCUCCGGCCAAGAGGCUACUCGCGAAACUCAACGUACUCUGUUCAACCCAGUUGUCCGGUCGACAUUGUACGGCAACCGUACCCGACAAGUUGAGGAACAGAUUUUGUUACACAAGGUCGAUCCUACGCCAUAUUCAAAGGCGCCAAUGCUCCCAGGGCCGAUGUCACUUAAGUCUCGCUACACUCACAUCGAGGUUCCAUCUAUGCGACGGUUCGUCACGGAUUCGGGCAAGCUUGCCAAACUGGACCAGCUUCUCCGCGAGCUCAAGCCCGGUGGUCACCGUGUUCUGCUGUACUUCCAGAUGACACGCAUGAUCGACUUGAUGGAGGAGUACUUGACAUACAGAAACUACAAGUACUGCCGACUAGACGGAAGCACGAAGCUGGAGGAUCGUCGCGAUACCGUCGCUGACUUCCAGUCCAACCCCGAAAUUUUCGUGUUCCUGCUGUCUACCCGUGCCGGUGGUCUUGGUAUCAACUUGACAGCUGCCGAUACCGUCAUCUUCUACGAUUCUGAUUGGAAUCCGACUAUCGAUUCCCAGGCCAUGGAUCGAGCCCAUCGUCUCGGACAGACCCGCCAGGUUACCGUCUACCGUCUCAUUACUCGUGGAACAAUUGAAGAGCGGAUUCGUAAGCGUGCCUUGCAGAAGGAGGAGGUGCAGCGUGUCGUUAUUUCCGGCGGUGCUGCCGGCGGUGUCGACUUCAACACUCGCGCUCGUGAGAAUCGCACCAAGGACAUUGCCAUGUGGCUUGCCGAUGACGAUGAGGCGGAGCUCAUCGAACAGAAGGAGAAGGAGGCGCUUGAGCGAGGAGAGGCCUUUGGUGCUACCAAGGGCGGCAAGAAGGCUACGCAGAAGCGGAAGCGUGAGCUCACGAUGGAUGAUAUGUAUCAUGAAGGCGAGGGUAACUUUGACGAUGCCAGCGCCAAGCCGUCAGGCACUGCGACCCCCAUGUCGGACAAUCUCGAUACACCACCCACCGCUACUUCGGUCACCCCAGCGAAGCGCGGUCGUGGUCGUGGCGGGGGCAAAGCAGGUUCAUCCAAACGUGCGAAGACCAUGAAGGAACGGCUUCGAUUAAUCGACGGCGACGGCGGACUCGCUUAA